AACAAUCACACCAUGGUUGUUGUUUCAUAUGGAAUACACCAAUAAGCUGUCUACCAAACAUGACCCAAAACGAAGCGACAAAGACAUUUAUAGUAGAAGAACUUAUCACUGAAUUUGAACAACAAUAUGAUAUUGAUGAACAGAGAGAUGAAGAAAUAUAUGCGCAAUAUGCAUGGGAGAAAGAUUUUGAUAAAUCAUGGGAACAACUAGUUGAUAAGGACGGUGUCCUACAAUUUGUGCAACAAAAGGAUGUUUCUAAUACUGACGUAACAUCUGAUGGGACUGUCGCGCUGAGUGAAGCAGAUAGCAGUAUCCAAAAACGAGGCGUAGUCAGGAAUAUUGUUAUCAUGUUCGAUACUAGCGAUGGUAUGAGAGAGGUAGACUUCAAACCAGACAGGUUACACUGCGCUGCCGGAGCAGUCAAAGGGCUGAUACAAGGCUUAUUUCACCAAGGACCAAUGACACAGUUGGCUAUUAUAACAAUGCGUAACAAGCGUUCAACCAUGGUCUCUAAGUUGGGAACGCCUCCAUCUGAACAUAUUGCAUUACUUGAUGAAAAAAUCAAAGAAGGUACCGAUGGUGUACCGUCACUACAAAACGGACUGGAGAUGGCAAUAAGCAUCCUAACAGAUAUGCCACCUUAUACUACGCGUGAAAUAUUAGUAAUAUUUGGCGCAACGAAAACAUUUGACCCAGGCAACAUUCUUACAACCCUUCAGAAAUUGAAGGAUGAACACGUCAGUGUCAGCGCAGUAUCUAUCGCACCUGAGAUGUAUAUUCUCAAACACAUAUGUACCGAGACAGGGGGUUCUUAUGCAGUAUGUAAAGAUUCUGUGCAUUUGAAAUCUCUGUUAAACGAUCACACUAUGCCACCAAAAUGGCGUCCUUGGAUGGAGCCGGUAUUGACCAAAGUUGGGUUCCCUCCUUUGGAAAAGGCGAAUACGGCAUCAUUAUGCAUUUGUCAUUCAACUUUAACUUACAAGGCAUAUAUAUGUCCACAAUGUCAUAGCAAGUCUUGUGCGAUACCAACAAAGUGUAAGUGUUGCCGUCUGUAUCUGGUUUCACCGCCGGAUAUAUCUAGGAUGUUUCAUCAACUCAUACCGCCAAAGCCUUUUAUUAAUGAAUUUUACGAAGGAGAAUGUGGCGCCUGCAAUGCAAGCAUAAUGUCUGCAAAUAAAUGCCCAAAAUGUUUUACCCGAUAUUGCAAUAUUUGUACGGCUUAUAUACAUGAUGAACUACAUCAGUGCCCAUUUUGCAUCGCUGAGGAGAAGCCAAAAGAAGGUGAAAUUGUAGAAAACAAUACAUGAUGUAUACUGUUAGCUAAUCCUUAAGUUUUUCAAUCAUA